AUGGCCAGUGGUGCACAAGCUUCGAAUGUGCCUACUGGCUACAGAUUUAGCCCUAACGAUGAUGAUCUAAUUGUUCAUUAUUUGAAGAAAAAAUCUUUGGACGAUUUUAAAGGCGGGGUGGCCAACGAGUGGUUUUUCUUUUCGACUAGGAGCGAGGACGCUGACAUUAUCUUAACAGAGAAUGGCUACUAUGCGGUUGACCCCGAAGGCACAGCCCCGAUCGCAUGGAAGGAUAAAAUUGUUGGUUAUGUAAAGACUCUGAAUUUCUAUCAAGGAAGCCCACCCAAUGGAUCUGAAACUGAUUGGAUGGUAGAAGAAUUCAGCGUUAAUGCUGAGUUUGUUCCAAUUAACAAAGAUGACCAUAGCACUCAAGAAAAGCCAACCUUGUUGUAUGCAAAAUUUCUCGAGUACAAACAGAACAUGAAUGGGAUAAGCAGUUCAACGGGCACUUGGAGCUUUCCUGUUACAACAUUCCAACAUGAUUUUCUGAGUUUCAUAGCGACGCAUCCUUUCCUAUUUCUCAGUAGCAUAGGCAUUGAAAGUUUCUCUACUCCUGAGCAUGUGUGUGGAGGAGGUACUCGGGCAUUCGGUCAAUCCAAUUUGGCCUCUGAAAGUGCAUUUAUACUGAAGCUAUAUUUCAUAGACCGGAGGACAUGUUGA